AUGAGUGGGCUCUCUUUCUCCAUUCUCAUCCUUCUUCUGUGCACAGCAUCGCCGCCCCACCUGCUGGCGACGGCAGCGCGCGACGUACUGGCGCCCGGGCAGGUGAUCACCGGGAACCAGAUUCUCGUGUCCGCCGGUGGGACCUUCGCCCUGGGGUUCUUCUACCCCGGUAGUGAGUCCUUUGGGAGAAAAAAUCGUUACCUAGGGAUAUGGUACAACAGGAUCCCCAAGAUAACUGUGGUGUGGGUCGCCAACAGGGAUCAGCCGGUCACCGACCCUGCUGCCUUUCUUACCGUCACCGAGGACAGGAACAUCGCUGUGGUAGACUCAGACAGAAGCUCUAUGUGGUCCUCGGACGUGCCGGGCGUCCCCAACGGAACUGUGGCCAUGCUUCUGGACUCGGGCAAUCUGGUUCUGAGACAAGAAAACGGGCAGGACGUCUGGCAGAGCUUCGACCACCCCACCGACACUUUUCUGCCUCAAAUGAAGCUUCGCUACAACCAGAAAACAGGCAUAGGCCAGAGGGCCAUUGCGUGGAGGGACGUCGACGAUCCCUCUUCGGGAAACUUCUCCUUCGGUCCGAUCUCCCAACAGCUCGUCAUCUGGAGAGGAUUCAAAACCUACUGGAGGGUCUCCUACCAAAGCACUCUGGGCUGGUAUGCAGGCUCUACGGGUGGAGUUCAGUGCUCAAUCUGGGUCUCAAGGGUGGGAGACGAAGUCUCUUUCGGCAUAACCGGCGCUGGGGGCUCUGUCCCACCGAGAUGCACUCUGGUGCCCUCCGGAGAGCUGAAGUUUAUGGUGUGGGUGGAGGCAUCGAGUGAGUGGGUUCCGACGUCUUCGUGGCCAAGCAGGUUCUGCGAUUUCUAUGCACACUGCGGGCCGUCGGGAGCCUGCGAUAGCAACGCGAAACCGCCGACCUGCAGGUGUCUACAGGGGUUUGUUCCCAAGAACCAGACCGAAUGGGAGAAGAAAAUCUUCUCCAGCGGCUGCGUAAGGAGGGUUCGGCUCCAGUGCAGCAAAAGUGACAAGUUCCUGCAGGUGGAGAGUCUGAAGCUGCCGGAUAGAUCGAGGAUCAUUGGCAAGAAAACCGAAGCCGAGUGCAAGAUCGAGUGCCUCUCCAACUGCCAAUGCACUGCUUACAGUUAUGCCAACACGAGCGUAGAGUCAGACGGUUACAUCUGCCAAGUUUGGUACGGAGAACUCAUAGAUCUUUGGAUCGAUGAUAUGGACGGGAAUGACCUGAACAUACGGCUGGUGGCGUCAGAGCUGGGUAAGCUUUAUUCCAAUAUGUCCCUUGUCUUAACAUCGCAGAGCCCACAUGAUAAUCCGCCAUGAUUCUGUUAUCCUGCUCGCAGAUAAGAUGGAAAAAUCAUUCAUGUUCCUUCUGCCGGUACUAGUUAUCUGUGCACUCCUCGUAGGGACUGGCUCCUAUUUCCUCGUGAAGAGGCUCAGAUCACGCGGUAAUAAAUGAUUGUUCCUUCUGUUAUUUGCCUGGACGAAGAAUGCGUAGCCGAACUGACGAAUGAUUGUCUCGAAGCCCGGAAGAGGACGGUAAGGAAGACGAUGCUGUUAGAGGACGUCGACAUUUCUGAUUCGUUUGGAAGCGACAAAGGCUUCUCAGACGCGCCCCUGGUGGACUUGAAGAGUGUACGAUGUGCUACCUCUGAUUUCUCAGAUACGAACAAGCUCGGCGAAGGGGGAUUUGGUUCCGUUUACAAGGUUAUUACCAGUAACUUGCCUCUUAGAUCAGUGCUGUUCAGGAAGUAGUCGUAGUUUAUAGAUCGCAACCGCGUAGGAUGAACUCUCUUUUUCUCUCCCCCUCUCUCUCCCCUUUUCUUGCUCUUCCUAUUUACAUACAAACAAAGACAGACACACACAAACACACACACACACACACACACACACACACACACACACACACACACACACACACACACACAACACACACACACACACACACACACAUAUAUAUAUCAAUUUAUCAAGGUAUAAGUACAUCUGAGUCUCUUUAUUCAGGGGAAGCUGGUGAGUGGGCAUGAGGUAGCUGUGAAGAGGCUCUCCAGGGGCUCCAAGCAAGGCCACCACGAGUUCGCCAACGAAGUCAGACUCAUCGCCAGGCUCCAACACAAGAAUCUCGUUCGUCUUCUGGGAUGGUGCACCGACCAAGACGAGAAGAUUCUGAUCUACGAAUACAUGCCCAACAAGAGCCUGGACAAGCUCAUAUUUGGUGGGUUUCUUUUCCGUCAAGGUUUAUAAAUCCGAUUCCGCCCAGGAGGCUGCAAGCUUCGGAAUUUUCGUAAAUAAUUAAUGCGGUUUUGUUUUAUUACUGGGAACCAGCCAGAUCGGAGGAACUCAGUUUGGAGAAGCGUUUGAUGAUCAUCGAAGGGAUAGCGGAUGGGCUUCUCUAUCUUCAUCACCACUCUAGAAUGCGCGUCAUACACAGAGAUCUGAAGACGAGUAAUAUACUUCUCGACAACGAGAUGAACCCCAAGAUCUCAGACUUUGGGUUGGCAAGAAUAUUUGAAAUAAACCAGACCGAAGGAAAUACUAGGAAGGUCGUCGGAACGUUGUAGGUUCUAAUCAAGUUCCGAAUCUUCUAUCAGUUUCAUCCUCCUAUCGUGACUAAUCUCGCUGAAUUUCGGGCUGUGGGUGCAGUGGAUACAUGUCGCCGGAGUACGCCAUAGACGGCGUCUUCUCUGAGAAAUCUGACGUCUUCAGCUUCGGCGUGAUCGUCUUAGAAGUCAUCAGUGGGAAAAGAUGCACGGGGUAUUAUCCAUGUAGGGAGUCACUGAAUCUUCUGGGAUAUGUGAGUUCCAGCCAUCUGGUGUGCUUCUAGAUUACAUUGAGUUAUAAGAAUGGUUCUGGAAUAAAGUAUUUCGGGGAAUUUGUAUUAAACGUUUCCCCUUCCCUUCCAAUUAAUUUGCUUUUCACUCAAUGGUGCAGGCGUGGGAGCUGUGGAAAGAAGGCAGGGCCGUGGAACUCCUGGAGCCGGCAGUUAAGAGCUCAUGCCAGGCGGACGAGGUUCUGAAGUGCAUUCAAGUUGGAUUACUGUGCAUUGAGGAAGAUGCGGCGGACAGACCUACGAUGAAUUCAGUCGUUUCCAUGCUGAAAAGUGAAAGCAGUGUGUUACCAUUGCCGAAGCAGCCUGGUUUUUCGUUUGGAAGAAAUCUGAGGGUCCGUGUUGGCAGAUCGCCGAGAUCAUUCAUUUAUGGGUUGAGCGAGAGUAUUUUGGAAGGGCGCUGA